AUGGAGGUCAAGAGGAGCCGCCUGUUGGUCACUGCUUUUCCCUAUCUGCAAAUCUUUUCGGUGUUUGCUCUCACACCACCGCCCCAGAGUUUUGGCAAGAGCUCAAAUAAUCACCUCGGAAGAUAUUUGAUGGUUGGAUACUGUUGCUAUGCCUUGGCCCUCCUAGUGCUGGUCUUUGUUGUGACCUACGUGAAUAUUGUGGCUAUAAUCGAAGAGGUAGAGGACUACAAGGUGGAAGACUUCACCAAAGUCAUGGGGAACUGCCAAAAGAUGCUGCUCUCGAUCAUGAGCAUUACCAACCACUUGAACAUGCUGUUCAACUUUCGUCGUCUGGGCAGGAUCUACGAGGACAUUGCGGAUCUAGAGGCAAAAAUCGACGAUGCUUCUCAGUGCUUUGGUGGGCAAAAGCACCGCAUCAGCUUCCGGUUCCGGUUGGCCAUCGGAGUGGGACUGUGGCUCAUCCUACUGGUGGGUCUACUGCCACGUUUUACCUUAUUAGCCAUGGGUCCCUACAUCAACUGGCCGUGCAAGAUAAUCACCGAAUUUGUCUUGGUAAUGCAGCAGUUAAAGAGCCUAGAGUAUUGCGUCUUUGUGUUGCUGAUCCACGAAUUGGUGCUGCGACUGCGCCACACGCUCCUGCAGCUGAAGAUGGAACUGAUGGACUGCGAUCGGCAGGACAUGCUCCGAGCUUUGAGUGUGGCUCUGAAACGUAACCAGCUGCUAAUUGGUCAAGUCUGGCGAGUGGGCGUUGAGCUGGGCACCUACUUUACGCUGCCCAUGAUAAUGCUGUUCCUGUACAACGGUCUGACCAUCCUGCACGUGACCAAUUGGGCGUACAUCAACACCUUUUACGAUGACGAUUGCUGUCGCUAUGACCGCUUUGGCACUUGUAUUUUGCUGAUACUUAAUCUUUUGUUGGUCUGCUUUCUGAGUCAGCGUUGCACAGAUGCAUACAAUAGCUUUCCUCGCAUCCUUCACCAAAUUCGAUGCUUGUCAGCGGUUACAGAUUUCCAACCCUUGAAUAUGGGGAUUCGGGAAUACUCCUUGCAAACACAGCACCUCAGGCUGCUUUUCACCUGCGGUGGAUUCUUCGAUAUCAAUCUAAAAUACUUUGGAGGGAUGGUAAUCACCAUACUCGGUUAUACUAUAAUUCUCAUUCAAUUCAAAAUUCAGGCAAUUGCCGAAACAAAAUAUAGAUCUAGCCUCAAUAGCAGUACUUAA